AUCAUGUCCUACGUUUUCUAGCUAAGCAAUGCAAGAAAUUACAAAAUCUAAGGGUAAAAAUUUUCAUUGGUAACACUGUUGCGCCCCCAUCAAUGUCUUAUGAUUGAACGUCAAAAUUGUAUGAAAGUAAAACAUUAGGUAUUAUUUAUAUUUAUGUAUACCAACGUCCCAAUUUAAUUCAUCAUUUCAUAAGAUAAUAUUGUAAAUAUGUACUCUUACUUAAUAUGUGAAAUUUGUAAAAAAAGAACCCGCAGGUUAAACGGGAAGAAACGCUUUUACAUGUCGCAGUUGCCUAAAGAUGUAGAUCAGUGUAUAAAAUGGUUGAAAGUGAUGGGGAAUGAAAAGUUACUAAACUUACCAUAUAAAACAUUAAAAUAUAAAAGUGUUUGUGGGGAUCACUUUAAACCUAAUGAUUUUAAUCCACUACAGUCAAGGUUAAAAAAAAAUGUAGUGCCAUCUGUUGGAUUACCGUAUCCACCUUUGUCAGAUGACCUAUUAGAGAAAGCCUAUGAAAAUAUAUUAAAAGAACAAGCUGAAUAUCUAAAAAAAAAAGGCCCUCCAGUUAAAAAUGUACAAGAACCAGUUAAAAUGAUUCCAUUAAUAGAAUUACCUAAGAAUUGCAAUAUAGUAGGAAUAUACAAUCCUGAUGUGAGCACUUCAAAUGCACCAAUUUCUGCAUCACCAACAUUAGUGAAUGAAAAUGGUACCAAAAUGGUACCAAAAGCAGAUAAUAAACGUAAAGAAAACGAUAAUUUAAAAUAUUUCUAUGAAAAUUUUUACAGUCCUGAGUACAAAGAAUUAUGUGCGUCUAGAAUUAAAAAGAGGAUUCAAAAUGUAGAACAAUCUUUACUUUUCAAUGUAUUGGCAAAGAAAAAAGUUCUAAAAACAAACUUAAAAAUGGAAUUAAGUAAAAAAAUAAAAACAGAAUCAGGAAUAUAUUCCACAGUAUUGUCAUAUUUGGAAAAAGUUUUUAAAGACUAUGAGUUACAAUUCAAGGAAGGCAGAGGAAUAUGUAUAUUAUUAUUUGAUGAGUUUGUAUUGGAUGAAUGUCUUACAUACAAUCCGUGUAUGGAUAAAAUUGAUGGAUAUGUUGAUUUUGGUGAUGAAGGUGGCAGAAGUGAAGAAAUCGCCGACCAUGUGCUAGUGUUCAUGCUUCAAAAUAUAGGUAUGGAUAUUAAACAAUCAAUUGCGCAUUAUUUUUUCAGAGGGAAAUUAAAACCGCAAGUUUUAUGUGACUUAUUAAAAAAUGUAAUUAGAUUAAUUAGAAAGACUGGAUUCACUGUCUUUGCCAGUGUAUGCAACCAGUCCCCAAUAAAUGUAGAAGCUAUAAAUUUGUUGCUGGCACCCGAUGACAAGUGUACAGAUAUAAAUUACUAUGAAAUAGACGAUAAAAAAGUUUAUAUUGUUUAUGAUGUUCCUUAUUUAUUUAAAUCUUUAAGAAACAAUCUGAUACGUCAUGGUCAAUUAGUUAUAGACACGAAAACAUUGAACAUGUCGCAUUUAAAAAUGGUAGAAGAAAAAAACAGAAAUCUUCAUUUUGUCAAAAUAACUAAAGAACAUGUAGACACAGUUAAUUGGUGUAAAAAAGGUACCAAGAUGGCAAUUGAAAUCUUCAGUAACACAGUUGCAGGUGUACUGAAAGGUCUUUCCGAGAGUAAAGCAAAUUUAGAGAUGAGCGAUGAAAUAUUUACCGCUGCUGAAGUCAUUGAAGAGUUGGAUAACUUGUUUAAUUGUACCUAUGGGGUUGUAUGUCAAAGAAAAAAACAUCCUUGCAUUGAAAAUGUUACCUCGGAUAGUUGUCACCAUAGUUUAUGGGAUGAAUAUAAAAGAAAAUUAAAAAAUACACAUUUUGUUAAUAUAAAUGGACGAGUCGGUUUGAGUGAUGUGAGAUGCAUUGAUGGAUAUUCUAUUACAUUAAAAUCAUUUCAAAAUAUUUGGAAUUUUAUUAAGGAAAACAAUACAUUAAAUACAUUAAAUUUGACUUGUUUAAAUCUUUAUUCUCUUAAAGAUCUAUUUGAGUAUAUUGAGGGUGAACAGCAAGAUAACAAACAUAUUACAUGUCAUCAGUAUGAAUUAAAUAUAGGUUAUGCGCUUCUUGAACCAAUUAAAUCAUUUAAAACAAUGAAGAGAAGAAAGAGAAAAUGUAAUUUAGUAAUGAAUGAAAUAACUUUAAUAUCCGAAGAAUCGGAUGUAACAAAUGAUGAAUCAGAUGUGGACGAUGAUUUUAAUGAUGAUUUCAUGGAACCUAAAUCUGAAAAAGAAUUAGACAAACUUUUUGAAAGAUUUGAAAAGCAUCCUAAUAUAUACAUCAGUGCGUAUUUGGCUGUAAAACUUUUAAAAAAUAUAAUUUGUGAGAAAUGUCAUGAAACUUUAGCACUUACUGAAAUUGAAAUUGAUUUAUAUCAUAAUUAUACGUUACUUCUGGAAAUAUGGACAGAGAAAUGUCAUCCGCGAUAUCCUAGUCCAAAACUUUGCAUGACAGUUGAAAAGGCAAUAAAAAUAUUCAACAUAGAUAUAGCGCCAGUAUUAUAUAUAAAAAACAUUCGUAAUUAUUGCGUUACAACCAUAUUGGGGGAAUGUGAUUUGUCUUGGAUGUGUGAGGAACAUAGAAAUGUAAUGAGUAGACGUUUGUUCCAUUACCUUAGUUGUUUGCUUAUUCGAAAACAAUGUCGAGCUCAGAAUCAAUUUAUUACGGACAUGAAAAAAAAAACAAAAAGUCCAAGAAAAAGGAAACAAAUUAGAAGAUCCAAAUGUUGAUUUACAGAAUGAAGAACAAUUUGAUUUGAGACAAUAGGCUGAUUGAUAACAGUAAAAUUAUUUUACUUUCAUCAUAUUCUUAAGUAGGUAAUUGCAUAUAUUAAAGUAAAAUAAAAAUAAAAUAUGCUUUUGAUUGCAAAAUAUCUUUUGUAUCAUUUAAUUAAAAAAAAACCUUUGGGACCGCUGCCAAAUAUGCCAUUUUUGUCCGCUUGUAGCGCCACUGUUGUGCCUCUGCGUCUAGGAAGACGAAGAUGUGUAAUAUAGUAAAAACAUUAGUUAAUGGAAGCAUAUUAAAAAUAACAAUAGAAAUCA